AUGUCCGAACCCGUCUCCAAAAAGUCCAAGCCCACGCACACUUUGAUUUUGCUGCGCCACGGCGAGAGUGAAUGGAACGAGAAGAACCUGUUCACCGGCUGGGUUGAUGCCAAGUUGAACGCAAAGGGCCGCAAAGAGGCUACGCAUGCAGGUGAAUUGCUUGCCGACUUCGAGCCCAAGCCCGAUGUGCUCUACACCUCCAAGCUCUCUCGCGCCAUCCAGACUGCUAACCUCGCGUUGGAGUCUGCCGACCGUCUCUGGAUUGACGUCAAGCGCAAUUGGCGUUUGAACGAGCGUCACUACGGUGCUCUGCAGGGCAAGAACAAAAAGGAGAUUGCUGAGGAGUUCGGCAACGAGAAGUUCAUGACCUGGCGUCGUUCUUUCGAUGUACCUCCUCCUCCCAUUGCUGAUGACGACAAGUUCUCUCAGUACAACGAUGAGCGCUACGCUGACCUUCCCAAGGACGAGAUCCCCAAGACCGAGUCCUUGAAGCUGGUCAUUGACCGCUUGCUCCCUUACUGGAGCGACGUCAUUGCCAAGGACAUCAAGGAAGGCAAGACCGUCCUCAUCACUGCCCACGGCAACUCCCUGCGUGCCCUCGUUAAGCACCUCGACAACAUCAGCGACGAUGACAUUGCUGGCCUCAAUAUCCCCACCGGCAUCCCUUUGAUUUACGAGCUUGACGAUGACCUCAAGCCUGUUCGUGAGCGCUACUACCUCGAUCCUGAGGCUGCUGCCGCUGGCGCUGCCGCCGUCGCCAACCAGGGUAAAUAG